GAUGCUGGCGUUGCAGGGGCAGCUUUACCCACAACACCACAGUGCCAACACCUAGUGCUGCUUAUGAUGCAGCUCCUAGCUGAUGUAUCUAACAUUGAGAAAUGAGAGAAAAAGUACCAACAUGAUAACGUGCACGUAGAAAAUGUCAACAGUGACCUCAGAUGCUGCCUUUCUGUAUUCUGUCUUGCUUUGUGGAAGAUAGGAUUUGUCACAUUUCAAACACAUUCCAUAGGUUAAAUGCAGGGCUAGACUGUGAAGGGUGGUGACUGGCAAGCAGACCUGUGUUCUGUGGAGAACUGUGUAGAUCACAGGUGUUCCGUGUCCUUGUGCAAGUGGAUACGUAAGAGUCUGAAUAAAUAAAUUGCAAAGAUUUCCUGAUGCGUGAGUCAGAGAAUACGCCAGACAGAAUGUUUGUAAGGAAGAAGAGAAGGAAUGUGUACCAGAAUCUUUUCUAAGUUAAACUCUUUUUCAAAUUCUGUGUUAAUAGGGUAUGUAGUGCAUAUAAUAUCAAAUUCUACACAAACUCUAGUAGUUGGUCUUGAUGCAGUAUUUUAUUUACAGCUAUGUCUUCCUUUUUUAAAUUUUUUACUUUUUUCGAUCUUUCUUAUUUUUCAUUGAGAGUUACACAUGGAGAGGAUGAGAGGCAGAGUGAGAGGAGAGAGAGGGAGGUCUCCCAUCUGCUGGUCCACUACCCUGUUGGCUGCAAAGGGCGGAGCUGAGCGGAUCUGAAGCCAGGAACCAGGAGCCAGGAGCCUCCCCGGGGUCUCCUGCAUGGGUGCAGGGGCCCAAGGAGUUGGGCCAUCUUCUGCUGCAUUCCCAGACCGCAGCAGAGAGCUGCUUCGGAAGUACAGCAGCCGGGACUCGAACCGGAGCCCAUAUGGGAUGCCGGCACUGUGGGCGGUGGCUUUACCCGCUACCGCACAGCGCUGGUCCCUCCCGGAAGCUGUUCCCCGUGGGAUCCAGCUGUCUGCUAACGUACCUGGGAAAGCAGAGGGAGAUGGCCCAAGGACGUAGGCCCCUGAACCCAGAAGGGAGCACCGGAUAAAGUCCCUGGCAUCUGCUUUGGCCUGGCCCAGCCCCGGCCUUUGUAGUCACCUGGGGGGUUGAUCCCCCAGAUGGACGCUCUGGCGAGAAAGAGCGCUCGUGAUGCCGCUUGCAUUGCUUCUCUCCCCAUGCGGCUUCAACAGCAUGCGCUGUGCCAAACAGAAGCCAGGGGGCAGGAGCUCCAUUGAGGACUCCCAGGAGGCAGGGAAGUGGGGUGCAGAGUACCUGGGCCACCAGCGGCUGCCCCGCCUGGGUAAAGCCUGGAGGGGCGGGACUGGAAGUGACCCUGGGGGCGCUGGACGCGGGAUGUCGCAGUGCGCAGAUGCGUCCCGUUGCGCCAUGGCGACGGCCAGUGAGGAGUGCGCCUGCGCCUGGCGCUGUGACCUGGAAGUGCACCCGCAGGCGCAUCUGCAGCUGUGCUGGUGCUCAGGUAGGAGUCAGCGUCGUGUCCGCUCCUGCCCAGCGCUGGCACAAGCCUUGAGGAGCCAUCCUCGACGCUGGUGGCCCACCCUGAGAAGACACAGUGCAGUCUUUUGCUUCGGCCCCUUCUGGAAGACUACACCUCAAGACUGCGUUCAUGUUCCAGAGACACAGAAACGGCCUUCCUGCGGAGAGUUUGGUGGUGGCCUUCCUGUCACUGGACUGCACACAGGGAGGAGAAAGCAGAAGCUUAGAGAAACCCCAAGAAUCCCUCUUUGCUCUGUUCCAGCCUGCCCCAAGAUUCUGACACCUCAUACGCCGUGGAGUUCUUCAUUGGAGCAUGUGCUAAGCCCUGGCCCUAAGAACAAGGAGGUGAGCAGCCGAGAGCAACACCUACAGGAAGGGCCGGGCUGCCUGUCGAGGAGUGGCAGUAUUCAACAGGACCCUCAG